AUGUUCUCCUGCGGAACCUUCUCCCCGCCGGCCCGGAAGCGGGCGAGUCAAAGUAUACCUCCCCCAAAUCUCGUAUCUACCUCCUCCACGUCCGACCCCGAUUGUGCAGCGCGGCGGUUCAUACAAGUCCCCGAGCUUCGGCAACACCUGCUCAGUCUACUCUCUCCUCAUGACCUAGCGAUCUCCAUGCGGGUGAGGCAGGGCUACAUGUACGAUGUAGCCUCGAUAUUGUACCAUACGGUCCCGUAUAAUCAGGUGCGAUUGAGGAUGUCUAUCCAAACCCCGCGACAGCGUAUGUACUGCUCAGCAGUCCGAAUCAUCGACGCUACCUCCAUGACACUCUCAUCAGCCAUGCUGCACGACCUCGGCGCCCCCGUGCUGGAGAACGCAGAGCCGGAGCAAGUCCAUGCGUGGCUCCGCACGUAUCGUCCCGAGGUUAUCAACCUCAUCGUCCCCCACCUCCGGGCCAAAUGUAACAGUCUGCGCACCAUUAGGCUCGGGAGCGCCUACGAGCCCUUCGGUCACGACUCGUGGGAGGUACACUUUCGGCCCGCCCAGAAAUCGGACAAGCCAUGGCAUGUAGAGCACAUCUACGCCAUCAGGUAUGACACAUCCCGACCGGUCCCUUCUCGGUGGAGUCCGACCGUACCGGCUGCUCCCUCGCCCGAGUAUGCGGUGCGGUCCCGCUUCGACCUCAAGCUCUCUUCCGCUCAUGGUCCCAUUCAUGAGAGCUGGACGGGCGCCUUUUCCAACGGGAAAUCGUGCUCGUCUUUGUGCCGCUCCAUCGACUUUGGCGAGGUUGAGGUCAGCCUCCCCACCAUCACCGCGCUAUACAAAUGGCAAUCGUCCGCCGAGCACAUGGAUAGGCUCGGAAUCAUCAUUGCCAUCAACGUCCCAACAAUCAGUCGGGUCGACUUCGGCAAGUUCGCACGAGCUGCGUCGGCCUCGUUGACACACCUGGACCUAGCGGGCGGAUCCGGCGAACGCAUGAUCACGGUCUCGGCGAAAGACCUUACCUUCCUGGUGUCAAAGACCAGCAAAUACCUACCCAAUCUUCAGCUCCUCGCCAUAUCUACCGAUGUCAUCUCGCGGGCGGCAUCGGCGUGCCAGAAGAAGAUGCGGCGGCAUCACCUUGACUCUCCCGGUUCUGUCAAAGAGCUCUCUAUCCGGACCACCGUCGAGCCCAAGCGCUUGCUUCGCGUCAUCCGGUUUCUGGCUCGGAUCUGCCACCCAGACGCCGACCUUCAUAUCGGCAGGUCUGUUCGUGGGCGGCCGCGCGAUGACGGGGAGGAGCAGACCGGAUACCUCAGGUUCCUUCUUUCUCAGGGCAUCUAUCGACGGCGUCACCUGGCAGUCGCAGAUCUCGUCCAUCUCGGCGUCACCAGUUACAAAGAGGCCCUCGCUCUGGAGUUUCACCCUAAUGGCGAGCCUCUCCGGCGGUGCGAGUCUUAUGCCGCCAGAUUUGCCGAGCAGGCGCUACAGGCCCAGCAGGCUGUUGGGCUCGUCUCAGAUACCAUCCUACCCCAUCUCGAAGCGAGCCUGCGCAGAUUGGCGGCGGAGGCGGAGCGGUUCAAGGAGAGAUCAGAGACAGCGACUCAGGCGGAAAUCGAGGCCGGGGCGGAGAUGCUUUGGGUGGCGGCGGUCGAUAUGGGCCGCUCGUCGGAGCCGCUGAAGGGCGUGUUGAAGGCUACGGAUCGCCUUGGGCUGGGAAUUACUCGGAUGGGGACUUUGGCGUAA